AUGAUCUCUGAAGAACCACUUUCGUUUCGCACGGCGAACCCUGAAGCAGACCGAUUUGGAAUCUUCCCAGAAUGUGCUUAUUGUGGAUGGAAUAUUUUUAUUGGUAUCUUCCUACUUUUCGCCACUAUUUUCAUGAAGCCUGGUGAGAUUCCUUCAGUUGUGACUCAAUGUUUUGGAGUUCUCUUCAUUUUCGUUGGUCUACUCGCAUUUGUGCUCAUUUUCAAGUCGGUCCGUUCGAUAUUCAUCGUUUUGACCGCUUUCUCAGCAAUAACAAUCAUCCUGACUACGCUCACAAUUAUAGGAUUCGUUUAUACAAUUGAUGGAUCUUUUCCGGUGCCUGAACUGAUGCUCAAAAAUGUCUUCUUGGAAAUUGUGUUAGGAGUUCUACUUCUUUUUCACAUCGCCUUCAAUCUGUUCUGCUUCUUUGUCUUUUUGAAACGAUCUUGCAAAAGCCAAGUAACCUUGGAGAAUGAGCAUCAUCAGCGAUCUUUCCGCACAAUGACUCCGGAGAAACAAGAGAGAGGAUCCGCGGAAAUUAUUGUGAUGGAUUACUGA